ACAGCCCUCCUGGUGCUGGCCAUGGUGGGCACAACUACGGCAGCGGCCACCAACCCCGGCUUCGUGGUCAGGAUCACCCAGAAGGGCCUUGACUUUGCCUGCCAGGAAGGAAUGGCCAUUCUUCAGAAGGAACUGGAGAAGAUCAAGAUUCCUGAUUUUUCAGGAAGCUUUAAGAUCAAGCAUUUAGGAAAGGGAUAUUACAGUUUUUACAGCAUGGUUAUCAACACGUUCCAGCUGCCCAGUUCCCAGAUAAGACUGGUGCCCGGUGUGGGCCUUAAACUCUCCAUCAGCAAUGCCAAUGUCAAGAUGAGUGGCAAAUGGAAGGCAAAAAAAGAUUUCAUCAAAGCUAGUGGUAACUUUGCCCUGAGAAUAGAGGGCAUCUCUGUCUCAGCUGAUCUGAAGCUGGGCAGCGACCCCACUUCAGGACACGCCACCAUUGGCUGCUCCAGCUGCAAGAGUAACAUCAACAGCGUGCAUGUGGACAUCUCGGGCAGCAGACUGGGGUGGCUGAUCCAACUCUUCCACAAAAAAAUUGAGUCUUCGCUUCAAAAGGCCAUGAACAGCAAGAUCUGCGAAGCAGUGACCAGAACUGUGUCCUCUCAGGUGCAGUCUUAUCUCCAGACUCUGCCAGUGACAGCCAGAAUAGACGCUGUGGCUGGAAUUGAUUAUUCACUGGUGGCACCUCCCACGGCCACAGACGACGACCUGGAUGUGCAGCUGAAGGGGGAGUUUUUCAGGCUGGCCCAGCGCACCCCACCUCCCUUUGGCCCACCCACACUGGCCUUUCCCACCGACCACAACCUCAUGGUAUACCUGGGCGUCUCUGACUACUUCUUCAACACUGCUGGACUCGUGUACCAAGAGGCUGGAGCCCUGAAGCUCAUCCUCACAGAUGACAUGAUUCCAAAGGAAUCCAAACUCCGAUUGACAACCAAAUUCCUUGGGACCCUCAUACCUCAGGUGGCUGAAAGGUUCCCAGACCUGAAGGUUCAGCUCCUCAUCAACAUGUCCUCCCCACCACGGCUCACUGUGGACCCCACCAGGCUGGCCCUCACCCCUGCAUUGGAGGCCCAGGCCUUUGCUGUCCUCCCCAACUCCACACUGGCUCCUCUCUUCCAACUUGGCUUGAGCACGAACGUUUCUGUGGAGGUCGGUGCCAUAUCUAACAAGAUUAUUGGAAAGUUAAUGAUGGAUGAGCUGAUUCUGGACCUGAAGCACUCAGACAUCGGCCCCUUCUCGGUUCAGUUGCUGCAUGAUGUCCUCAACUAUCUAGUACCCUCUCUUGUGCUUCCCAAGGUUAAUGCGAAGCUGCAACAAGGCUUCCCCCUCCCGCUGCCCGCCCAUAUCCUGCUCUCCGACCUGAUACUUCAGCCUCAUCAGGAUUUCCUGCUGUUUGGGGCAGAUGUUCACUAUGCCUGA